GUGCACGGGUUUUUGGCACAAGAAAUCCCGUCGCUGGGACAUCAUCUUCCUCAACUUCUACUUUCACUCCCACCAAAAACCCAUUCUCAACCCACCAUACCACCUUCUCUCUCCUUCACAAAAACCAUGGAAGAACCCUCAAAUCCCGACUCAAAGUACGACCUGAUAAUCCUCGGCGCCUCCGGCUUCACCGGCAAAUACGUCCUCCGCGAAGCCCUCAAAUUCCUCAACACCACCGCCCCUUCCUCCCCUAUCCAAACCCUAGCACUAGCCGGCCGAAACCCCAACAAACUCCUCCAAACCCUGGCCUGGGCCUCCCACCCCAAUCCACCCCCGCCCAUCCCCAUCCUCACCGCCGACACCUCCUCCCCUCCCUCCCUCUCCCGCCUCGCCGCCCGAACCCGCCUCGUCCUUAACUGUGUCGGCCCCUUCCGCCUCCACGGCGCCCCCGUGGUCGCCGCAUGCGUCGAAUCGAGCUGCGAUUAUCUGGACAUAUGUGGGGAACCGGAGUUUAUGGAGAGGAUGGAGGCAGAAUACCACGAGAAGGCGGUGGAGAGGGGUGGUUUGAUCAUUUCGGCUUGCGGGUUCGAUUCGGUCCCGGCGGAAUUGGGGGUGAUGUUCAAUUCUAGGCAGUGGGUGGCGGCGGGUGUGCCGAACCGGAUCGAGGCGUAUCUGAGUCUGGAAUCGAAUAAGAGGGUGGUGGGGAACUUCGGGACGUUUGAAUCGGCGGUUUUGGGGGUGGCCAAUGCGGAUAAGUUGCAGGAGUUGAGGCGGUCCAGGCCCCGGCGAGCUCGGCCUGUGAUUCCUGGUCCCUCCCCUCCCAAAGGACCAACAAUAGAACAUGAGAAAAAGAUUGGCGUUUGGGCCGUGAAACUACCAUCAGCAGAUUCCAUUGUUGUUCGAAGGACUCUUUCAACUCUGCAAGAAAACCCCCAUGGCCUUCCUGGGGUUAAUGAGAGUCCUGAACAGAUUAAGAAGAGGGAAACCUUUUGGUCGACUGUGAAACCAGCUCACUUUGGAGUGAAGAUAGCCUCUAAAUCCCUGUUUAGCAUCCUUCGUCUUAUCACUGUGGGGAUUUUCAUUGGCCUCUUGGGUAAAUUUGCUUUUGGGAGGAGGCUUCUCUUACAAUUCCCCUCAGUCUUCAGCCUUGGUUGGUUCAGGAAGAAUGGUCCAACUGAGGAUGAGGUGAGAAGUGCUUCUUUUAAGAUGUGGUUUGUUGGAACAGGAUUUAGCGACAGCACCCUUGUCGCACAGGGAAACAAGAAGCCCAAUAUGGAAAUAAUAACGAGAGUAACGGGUCCGGAGAUUGGGUAUUUGACCACUCCGAUAAUUCUGAUUCAGUGCGCUCUUAUCGUGCUAAGUCAACGCAAUAACUUGCCAAAAGGAGGGGUUUAUACUCCUGGGAUUGUAUUUGGACCGAUGGAUCUCCAAAAACGACUCCAAGAGAAUGGAAUAUCUUUUGAUGUGAUCUCAAAGAGUACUCUCUCAAACUAAAAGGUAACUAUCUCUGCGAUCAAUAAAACAGAACUUUGAACGUUUUCUUCACCCAGCAGUGGCAUGGAAUAAAUUGGUAGUUCUGUAGUUCUGUAUUGUGUUAAUUUCCUUGUAUGUUUGGCGUGUAGGGGUUUUGCCUUCAAUGGAAAUGAGCAUGUGGUUUUUAGGGUCGUAAAA